CCCCGCGCAUCCGCGCCGCCGGCGGCAGGAGGAGCCUCCCGCGGCCCCGGGGGCGCUCGGCGCAGUCGCCUGGGGCCGGUCCCGGGCGCCUCGGAUUUCGGGCGGCGCUGCGCACCCUGCGCCCGCCAGCUCCGGGACACCGAGUCGCGCCCGCGCCGGCCCGGCCCGCGCCCCGUCCUCCGGUUUCCGCCGGCCCGAGGCUGCGGCGCCGCGGGAGAGCAGCGGCCGGAGCGCGGCGAGCGGAGCGCGGAGCCGGCGCCCCUGCGGGCUUCGCGCCCGGCCUGCGGCACCCCUGCCCCGCGGCUUCGCCUUGCAGGCACUUGCAAAGGAAAAACCAGCACCACCCUCUGUCUUGGAUAAUUUCUGGGGGAGAGGCCCCAACGAUUUAGCAGAAGGCCUCCUGAGCCUCCCGCACCACCUCCUUCACCUUCAGGAAGAGAGGGCCUUUGGGGAACAGAUUCCUAAACGUGCCGGUGAGCCAAAGCAACACUGCCAUUGUCCCAGACCUCUCACAUCGAGCACACCCACUUUCCAGGGGAGGAUCCAGUCGUCUGUUUGGCCGCGAGGGCUUGGCUAUAACUGGGUGAAAAGAUGUGUCUCCAUGUGCUAAGGGUGAAAUCUGGCACAGCCAUGACUUUCUUGAGAGAGAGAUGGAGAGACAAGUGUCUGUGUGGAAACUCACUACGUGUCACUGUGUUAGCAGAAGAAUUGGGGGAAGAGGAGAGAAAGAAAGUGCGACAGCCAUGAGAGGGUACCUUGUGGCCAUAUUCCUGAGUGCUAUCUUCCUUUACUAUGUGCUGCAUUGUAUAUCAUGGGGAACAAGUGUCUAUUGGGCGCAUCCCGUGGAGAUGCAGCAGAGGAAACGCGGCCAGCCGUGCCGCGAGAAGCCUGCCUUCGCCUCGCUCCUCAGAUUUCAUGAGUUUCAUCCUUUUCUGUGUGCAUCUGAUUUUAAAAAGAUUGCUUCCUUGUAUGGUGGCGAUAAGUUUAGUUUGCCCUAUGGGAUAAAAGCUUCAGAGGAACCUUUUCGACUUGCUCUGUCAGCGCUGCAGAGUUGUGAUCUCUUUGACGAGUUUGACACCGUGCCGUGUAAAAAGUGCGUGGUGGUUGGUAAUGGAGGAGUUUUGAAGAAUAAGACUUUAGGAGAAAAAAUUGACUCCUAUGAUGUAAUAAUAAGAAUGAAUAACGGUCCUGUUUUAGGACAUGAAGAGGAUGUUGGGAGAAGGACAACCUUCCGACUUUUUUAUCCAGAAUCUGUUUUUACAGAUUCCAAUCACAGGGAUCCUAACACCACGGCGAUUCUCACUGCUUUUAAGCCACUUGAUUUAAAGUGGCUGUAUGAUUUGCUGAUGGGUAGCAAAAUAGAUACUAAGGGGUUUUGGCAGAAACCAGCCUUAGACUUGAUCUACAAACCUUAUCAAAUCAGAAUAUUAGAUCCUUUCAUCACCAGAACAGCAGCUUAUGAACUGCUUCAUUUCCCAAAAGUGUUUCCCAAAAAUCAGAAACGCAAACACCCGACGACAGGAAUUAUUGCCAUCACAUUGGCAUUUCACAUAUGUCAUGAAGUUCAUCUUGCUGGUUUCAAAUACAACUUUUCUGACCUCAAGAGCCCCUUGCACUACUAUGGGAAUUCCACCAUGUCUUUGAUGAAUGCGCUAUCACAAUUUGACUGCAGAGCAGCUCUUUUUGAAGGACAUUAUAGAAAAAAACUUUGUAAUCAACCUCACUCAAGAUUGACCCUACAGACUCAGAAGAUGAUGCUAACAGUAUUAGUUUUAUUUUUAUACUGCAAUUUUUAGUUUAUUUUUAAAUGUGUUGGAUGCACUCAUCAAAAAAUUAUGUACAUUAAGUCUGUUGCUGCCUGGUCAUUCAUAACCACCGGCUUAAUUUCUGUGAAUAUAUUUAAUUUAUGAAAAUCAAGCUGUUUAGUUAUCAGGGAAAUAAGUAAAGUUUUGAUUACAUUGUUUUUAAAAUAAGCUGGUUUUCUGAGGUGUUUUUAAACAUCUUUUUAAUGGUUAGUUUGUCUUUGACUUUUGAAGGGAGGUGACUUCCUAAUAAGGGGUUUUGGUUUACCACAACAAAUUCUGAAUAUGACAUGACAUUUUGAGCGGUGUAUUUGGCUGCUGUAAAUUGGGGGGCUGGCACGUGGCUGUGCCUGGAUGUGCAAAUGAGCCACUUCAAGCGGACAUCUGGACGACUGUUGAAAUCCUUUUUGUUCUCCCUGAGGAAUCGGAUUUGAAUCUUAAACCAGCCCUGAAUACAGUGGAUGGUUAGGGAAAUCUAAGAUCAUACUAGUUUAGUUAAGCUUUUUUCCUGCAAUUAAGCAAACCAUGAUUGAGUAAUUUGGUAGAAUGAAGAUGGUGUAUUUUAAGUUGAAGGAAAUAGGCUAAACAUGAAAUUCUGGAUGAGUAAAUAACCAAAGAAUGCAAUUACUAAUGUCUGGUGACUGCAUUAUUUUAAAGAAAGAAAAAAGUUUAUACAAAGAAGCUGAGCUCGGUAAACUCAAGAAGGGGAAAAUUCUUAAACAUGAUUUUUUUGCCCAGUUUAUUAAUUAAAUUUUGAAAGUUUACUAUUUGAAUUAAAUAGGAAAAAUAAAGACAAAGUAAACUCUUAAGAA